CGGUUGCGGCCGAUCGGCUCAGGCAGGCCCGCCGCGCCCCCUCGUUGGCGCGUCUGUUGCGAUAGCGGAAGAGGCGCCCGCGCCUCGCCACUGCCCGAAGGGGUCGCCGGGCACCCGCUUCCUGUUCGGCUGGUUCCAGCCAGCUCGAAGACAAAACACGCGUGCGCGCGGUGGACGGGCGCGCUCGCCGCCUCAGCCACGAGCGCCGGGCGCAGUCAGCCUUUCUCCGGAGCAGUUUGGCCACGGUUCUAAGCGAUAGCAGCAGCCGCCGCAGCAGCUCCGCACUGGGGGACCGAGGGAGGAAAAAGGCAGGGUUGACGGCUCUUUGCUAGGAGUGGGCUGGAUCGGACGCCAGAGACAAAGGCUCUCAAGGCAAGAGGGACUGUUGCCCGCGACGGCGCUGCUUGGGAUUUUUGACCCAAGGACUUUUAGCACCGUCGUUUUUUUCUUCUGAGUCUCUUCUCAUCCCAAGCCCGCGUCCCCCCACCAGCGACCUCGUUCCUCACCGGGAGGGCCGCGAUGGAGGUCCCGCCCCGGCUUUCCCAUGUGCCGCCGCCAUUGUUCCCCCCCGCUCCCGCUACUUUAACCUCCCGCAGCCUCUCCCAUUGGCGGUCGCGGGCGCCGAGGCAGCUCGCUCCGCUCCUCCCUUCGCUCGCUCCCAGCUCCUCCCGACAGGGGGCGCGCCGGGUCCAGCGCCACGUCACCGCCCAGCAGCCUUCCGGAUUGGCGGGCGGGACGGCUAUAAAGGGAGGGCGCAGGCGGCGCCCAGAUCUCUUCCGCCGCCAUUUUAAAUCCGGCUCCAUACAACGCUCCGCCGCCGCUACUGCCGCGACUCGGUCUGCGCGCCAGCACCCCCCUGCCGACAACUCCGCCACAAUGGAGGACAUGAACGAGUACAGCAACAUAGAGGAAUUCGCAGAGGGAUCCAAGAUCAACGCGAGCAAGAAUCAGCAGGAUGACGGUAAAAUGUUUAUUGGAGGCUUGAGCUGGGAUACAAGCAAGAAAGAUCUGACUGAGUAUUUGUCUCGAUUUGGAGAGGUUGUAGACUGCACAAUUAAAACAGAUCCAGUCACUGGACGAUCAAGAGGAUUUGGAUUUGUGCUUUUCAAAGAUGCUGCUAGUGUUGAUAAGGUUUUGGAACUGAAAGAACACAAACUGGAUGGCAAAUUGAUAGACCCCAAAAGGGCCAAAGCUUUAAAAGGGAAAGAACCCCCCAAAAAGGUUUUUGUGGGUGGAUUGAGCCCAGAUACUUCUGAAGAACAAAUUAAAGAAUAUUUUGGCGCUUUCGGAGAGAUUGAAAAUAUUGAACUUCCCAUGGAUACAAAAACAAACGAAAGAAGAGGAUUUUGUUUUAUCACAUAUACAGAUGAAGAGCCAGUAAAGAAAUUGUUAGAAAGCAGAUAUCAUCAAAUUGGUUCUGGGAAGUGUGAAAUCAAAGUUGCACAACCCAAAGAGGUAUAUAGGCAGCAACAGCAACAACAGAAAGGUGGAAGAGGUGCUGCAGCUGGUGGGCGAGGUGGUACUAGGGGUCGUGGACGAGGUCAGGGCCAAAACUGGAACCAAGGAUUUAAUAACUAUUAUGAUCAAGGAUAUGGAAAUUACAAUAGUGCCUAUGGUGGUGAUCAAAACUAUAGUGGCUAUGGCGGAUAUGAUUAUACUGGGUAUAACUAUGGGAACUAUGGAUAUGGACAGGGAUAUGCAGACUACAGUGGCCAACAGAGCACGUAUGGCAAGGCAUCUCGAGGGGGUGGCAAUCACCAAAACAAUUACCAGCCAUACUAAAGGAGGACGUUGGAGAAAAAGGUGUGUAUAAAAGUACAAGAAACCAGUGGAAAUGGCUAAUUUAAUUUAAAGAUCAAUAGACAAAUGAAAAAAAUAAGUAAAAACAAAAUAUUGUGUAGUCUGUUUUUUACUAAAUUGUUAAUUUUUUAAUUGCUGUAUGAGCCUGUUUUGCCCUAAAAUGUCUAUAGAUCUUUAACUUUUAAAGUCUGAUCUUAUCUUCUUUAGUAUUACAGAAAAACUUAAAAGUUUUUCUGUUCGCUUUGUGUGCCAGGUGAUCUAGAGGAAUAAUUAAACUUUUUUAGAACUAUUAACAGGUAAAGUACUGAAAUGGGUACAACUUAAGGAAAACAAGAAUGUUGUCUUCUAACUCUGACAUUAUACCUUGUUUGUACCCGCCAGCGGGAACUUCAUUGCAGGCCGUGUGUCACCCUGACCACGUCUAUCUCUGGGGGUCGCACGUUGCGGGCAGAGCGCAAGGCAUACACCAGAAAACGCUGUCCUGUGGUAUGGUCUCUUCCAACUUCAUGUACCAGCGUAAAGAUUAAAGUGGAAAACUUCAGACUUUGGCUUCUUUUUUAAUCUUUUUGAAGAUUAAGUGUCUAAACUUAACUUAAAUGGUUUUUUACAGGAGUUAAAGUACAUAAAUGCCUUUUUACAGCUUAAUCAUUUUGGUCUUCUGUUUAGUGUUGUAUUUCAAUUGUGGAGCCUCAUUUUAAGUGUUCAUUCUUUAAGAUUUAAUGCUUGCUUUUUCUUUUUAUAGCUAAUAGUGAAAUCUACAAACCAAAACAAGAACUUUUAAAUCUGGGAUGUACAUUAAAGAUCAUAUGCACAAAGCAAUUCCUCUCUUUGCAGUAUAAUAAAUCUAUUAGAAAUUCAUGCUUGUGAUGGCAUUUUACUUGGCUUACUAGAGAUGCUUCUAGUAGACCUUAAUCUAGCACAGUUCAAUCUGUGAAUAUGGGAAGAUUGCAUUCCCAAAUUCUCUUCUAAAUAGAUUAAAAUGUAAUAUCAUUUGGGAAUUCGAGGGUGAGUUUAUUAACUAAACUAUGUUUUGUUGAUGAAUAUGCAUGUGAUCUUUAAUUAUUGAAGAAAAGAAUAAAGUGAGGACUUAAAACAGUUCAUGAAAGUGGACCUUUGAAAGCUUGUCAGAGUUGCACAGAUCUAAUUGUUCUUUUGUUUUUGUUUUUAGGAGGAGAUGUAAAGUAACCCAUCUUGCAGGAUGAUGUUGAAGAUUGGUCUUCUGUUGAUCUAAGAUGAUUAUUUUGUAAAAGACUUUCUAGUAUACAAGACACAAUUGUGUCCAACUGUAUAUAGCCGCCAAUUAGUUUUCUUUGUUUUUACUUUGUCCUUUGCUGUGUUAUGACUCAAUGUGGAUUUGUGUUUAUACCGAUUUUAUUUGUAUGAUUUCAUGUUAAACCUCAAAUAAAUGCUUCCUUAUGUGAUUGUUCUUCUGUGUCAGGUACUAAAUAGCUUUGUAAAAAUGUAAUAUUAAAUAAGCAAUAAUUAAGGCACGGUUUGUUUUGUACAAAAUGUUGGUCCAUAGGGAGAAACAGUAGUCCUUUAUGAAUAGCCAGCCACAUGUCAUCCUGUUCCCCAGUUUUACAGAUGUAUUCUAUGCUCCAAGCCUUCAUCUCCCUAUUAACCGAGGCUUCUACUAUCCCAUUAAUGUUCUUUUCUCUGUAUAUCUAUAGACUUUAUCGUCGAGACUUUGUAAGUUGAAGUAUUGUCAUGAACUGUAUCUCUCCAGUAGACCAUGAGUCUUCUGAGUUAAAAUUUCAAGAAAAGUACUUUUUAACAAAACAUAUUUGUAUCUCUUAUAACUAGAGAAGAUUUUGCUUUGUUCCUUUGUGCAGACGGCCAUGUGUUAUGAUUUGCUGAUUCUUUGACUUCAAAGUCAAUUGGUGGUCUUCUAGAAAAAGCUUUAGCUAAUCACACAAGGCUAUUAACAGUUCUCUUGACAAAAUCUCCAGAUACACGCAGAAAACACACAGAUAGGAACAACAUUUAACUUAAAAUGUAGCUAGCAAAUUACAAGGAUUUUAGGAAUAUGAAGUUACUAGAUCAAAAAAUUAGGUAAAGUAUAUGAAGUAGUGGCAGAGUAAAUUCCGUUGGUAUUCUGUCAUGGCCAUCAGCAAACUGAACAAGAUGUCUUAUAUUGGAUAUUCUUUGGAAGCUCUUGGUAGAGUUAAUUGCUCCUAUGGUUGUGAGUUCUUAGAAAAAGUCAUGGUAGUAAAGCCAUCGUUCCUAAAGCCAUCGUUUCUAAUAUGAUCAGUGCGUGAGCUGAGUAAGCAUUUCUCUGUUCAGGUAUAGGAAUAGUAGAAGAGAUAAUGCUUUAAAUCUCGCAAAUGUUAAUGCACAGCUGAGUUACGACAUAACAGCAGAACUUCCUGGUGCAUUGAAAAGGAAACCAAGCAGGUUGGUUUCUAGGUUUUGGGUACAUCGAUUGCAGCUUUGAAUUUUCCAUUCAGUGUAGUUAGUUGGAUUUAAGGAAAAGCUUAUUUCCAUGGUUCCACAUUAGUUAACUAAGAUCAUUAUGAAAUAACACAGGAUAUGCAGACUAGUUUUCGCAGUCAACCAAAUAACCUGUAUGCUGAUGGACUUUGUUUUGCUUAAAUUUGGUGCCUGCAACUUUUUUUGUUGCUAUGAUGUUUGUACUUGAUGGACUAUCAAGUUUAAAUGCUCCUGGCCUUGCGUUUUGCUCCUGUGUUGCUAUUUGACCUUAACGCCCAGGCCAAGUACCAGUGUUAGCUAUUACAAGGGGUUUCUCUAUUUCAACAUGCAACGUUAGGGAACAGAAGGGAGAUGAUUUCAUUUUAAGUGUGUUGUGAAGUCAGCAAGUGCAGUGUUUUUAGAGUAGUGAAUCCUGUAAGUUCAAAUUUAUGAUUAGGUGUCAAGUUGACAUUGGGAUUGUCGUUUCCCUGAUCCAAACUGAAUAAAGACUUUUUUUAAAAAAAAAAAAAAAA